AAGAGGAAUCGAACUUGUCGUUUUGCAUUUCCUGGGGAAAGAGCACCCUGCUGAGUCAUCCACCAAUCAACUUCAGCCUCUCGUGACAUCUUCAGUCCCCGCCGCCGCGGAGCUACCCACGUGUCUAUCAUAUCAAACGCAGCUCGAACGUCUACUGCGUUAUGAACAGAUUACACGCAUAAUACUUACCAGCGAGGGCAAACCAUUGGGUGUGGAUCCCUCAGUGUCUGAUUUGGGAAAUAAGAAAAAAAAAAGAAACAGAGACUCACGAUGACACGCACGAUAUACCGCCCAGUCGCCGCGGAGGAAUCAGACCUGGCGGUCCUGAACCUCUCGAGACUGCUGGCGCGUCUGGAGCAUAAUUUGCUUUCGCCAUCUGCAGACCUCAAGCCGCUGAGACAAUCGGAAUUUCAUCGGGCGAGAGUUGGAGCAAACCUCGAAUAUGCUCGCUCACUUCUCGUCCAAAUCGAACGUUCCCUUCCCAAGAUCAAGCCUGUCGACCGCCGGCACAGCAUACAAACGGAUAUCACCCGGAAACGACAGACGCUGAAGCUGCUCAAGGACAGAUUAGAUGCGAUUAGUGCAGACGCAGAGAUCCUCAGGUCAGAGGGUGACGAGGAGGAUAUCGACACUGGUAUUUCAUCCGAGGAGGGAGACGAGGACCUACUAGCUACCCCCGGUGAGAGUGCGGAGGAGGAGAACGAGGUUGAGAACGAGGUUCCCUUAGCGGAAGGGGUAUCACGGCGGUACAUCGAAGAGGAAGGGUUACGAUCACCGACUGAGGAUGAGCCUGUUCCCUCUACUACUACGACAACGGCUCCGCCGACGGCCACAGCAGCAGCAGCAGCAGCGGCGGCGGCGGCGGCAGCGACCACAGACACAGCCUUACGAAACCGUCACAAUCGCCAACCUACCUUAUCACUUACAGCUGACGCUGCCACUGCGACAGCAACCGGAUCCGCCCUCCCCACCACCUCCUCCCCUUCCCUCUCCAAGACGCAAGCCACCGAGUCGGCUCUAGAUGCGCACGCCCAUGAACAAGAAAGCUUGACCGAUUCCCUGCUAUCCCUUGCGACGCAACUCCGAGAAUCCUCACAGUCCUUCCAGACGUCACUCGAGGCCGAAAAGUCCGUGCUGUCACGGGCUGUCGAGGGUCUGGACCGGAACAUCACCGGCAUGGACGCCGCGGGUCGUCGCAUGGGGCUCCUGCGACGGAUGAGCGAGGGUAAAGGCUGGUGGGGACGCGUGCUAAUGUACGUGUGGAUAUUCGGACUAUGGCUCGUGGCAGUGGGGAUUGUAUUCCUGGGACCGAAGUUACGAUUCUGAAAGUGUUGAUCAGGCGAUCUUGUUUGUGGUUGGUAUUACUUCGUCCGUCUUGUAUGUGCAUGCAUCUGAGAGGCGUUAUCUUUUUUUUUUCUGUUUGAUUUGAUAUAUCAACCGCCUUCCUUUCAUAGUCAGUUUUCAAGAUACCUACCUAUGCGGCAAAGAUUCUCUUUCUGGCAAUACAAUACGAUCGAAUAUAUU